CAGGGAUUUGAGAGAUUAUGGCAUCUGAAGCCCACAAUGUUAGAAAACAGAAAGUAUUGCGUAUUGAAGGUUGUCCCAUUGAUCUCCCUAGAAAAAGAAUCUCCUCUUCCACUAAAAAGAUCAUGAAGGAGGGUAAGAAAUCUCCAAAACAGCUGGCUUCAUACACAAACAGAAUAACAGUUGGAAAAACCGUGACCAGUCCCCUCUCUCUCUUCAAAGUAGUAUAUUGUAAAAGAAAAGUUCAUUGUUAUACUCCAAAGCCUUGUUACAGAAAGAAACAGUGCCCUAAAUCUAGGGGCUGUGACAUGGCAAAUAAAGAAAAUGAACUGGCUUGUGCAGGGAAUCUGCCAGCAAAACUGCACGACAGUCGUACACACUUGCUCAAUUCUGCUGACUCUGGCUCAUCUCAAACAGAAGGCCCCUCAUCCAAAUAUAGUGGGUUUUUUUCAGAGGUUUCUCAGGACCAUGAAACUAUGGCUCAAGUUCUCUUCAGCAGGAAUCUGAGGCUGAAUGUAGCUUUAACCUUUUGGAGAAGGAGAAGUAUAAGUGAACUGGUAGCCUACUUAGUGAGGAUACAGGAUCUUGGAGUAGUAGUAGACUGCCUUCCUGUGCUUACAAACAGUUUACAGGAAGAAAAACCAUAUAUUUCAGUUGGCUGCUGUGUAGAUCUUUUGCCUUUAGUGAAAUCACUGCUUAAAAGCAAAUAUGAAGAAUAUGUGAUAGUUGGUUUAAACUGGCUUCAGGCUGUCAUUAAAAGAUGGUGGUCAGAACUAUCUGCACAUAAAGAAAAGGCAGAGGAUGGAAAUAUUCAUAUUUUAAAACAACAAUUAAAUGGAUUAUGGGAACAAGAGAAUCAUCUUACUCUAGUUCCAGGAUAUACUGGUAAUAUAGCUAAGGAUGUAAAUGCUUAUUUAUUACAGCUACACUGACAUGGCUGGGAAACUGUGUGCUUAAGUGGUGAAACAAUCCCCUAAAGUAUCCUUGAAAUAUGUACUAUUUCUGAAAGCCUUUUGAGAAGUACUGGCAGAAGAGAACUGAACUGUCAAGCUGUUUAAUGAAACCACUAACAAAAUCCUAACAAUCUACUUCACAUUGAAGUGGAAAAAUGUAUAGUAGGAGCAACUUUUACUUCAGUGAGGUGAAAGUGCACUAUGAAAACUGUAUGCCUUUGCUGCAUUUGGGAUUCACUCAGUUACUAGGUAUUCAUUUAAAUGCUACUGUAUUUUACUACAACAUCAGAUAAAAGAAGAUGAAUUAUACUAUCAUAAAGACAAGACAGAAGAACCAGUUAUAAGGAACCAACAAAAGCUAUUAGCUUUAAGAGCUUUUAAAUCUUUUUCACAAGAGAACUCCAAAAUGCACAACUAUCUUCCAAAUACAUUAAAAAAAACCCCUUUGGAAUAUUCAACUACUAUGUUUUAA